AUGCCUUCACGUAGAACCGAAGUCACCCACGUAGAGAGGUUGAACCAGCUUUUUUCAGACUCUGGCCUCGAAUGUCUUCGAUCAGCAAUAGUCUCUGAAGAGUCGUCUUCAAUUUCUGAUGAAGAUGAGCAACUGGGUAAAGUGGAAGAAGAAGAAGAGCAAAUCGCAGAAGCAGACCUGAUGGUAGACGUGAGGAGCAUUGUGGAAGAAGAAAUAAUAGAAGAAGAACCCGAGAUAUUCCCUACGCCGUCAUUAAGAAGACUUUUGCCUGACCGUUGGAGAAAGAUCGAAGAGCAAAACCGCAUUCACGUUUUACCUGAAGAAUUUAGAAGUGAUAUAGAUCCAACGCUGAUUCCCAAGAUCUUAUCAACACCGCAGCAGAAGUAUAUAGACAUACUGGCAGAGAUAACCGGUUGUGUUCAAUACAAGAAGAGUCUGGCUGAGUUCUGGUUCUUGGACACACUAGCCAAUAUGUUGAGACGUGCUCAGGACGAGGAAAUGGAUAGACCUGCACAAGCCAUACUUGUCAUGUGGUUCUGCGAGUGGAUGAAGGAGAUGCAGCACUUCGAUGCAGCCGACCGGCAAAGAAUGCUGAAGAGGUUUCAGGAUAACAUGAUAUCAGCUGCAAAGUUCAUUGGUGAAGAGGAACACCUCCCGACGCCAAUAGAGGCUGGUGUCUUCUACAAAGCCCAGGAGGAGGUAGCCAUGGACGUAUCCAGGUCCUCCCAUCAGUCGCGACAUCUAGUGACGUUUGAGAACGCGGCCUAUGAAUGCUCGUUGCGGGACCUAAUAAAUAUUAUGCAUUAUAUUUAUGAUUUAUUUAGCACAGACUACCAAUACGAUCUAAUAAGGUCCAUCUUCACAUUUACACCGGAAUACAACCACAUAGACAUGCCGUAUCAGCUUCAGAACCCCAAGAGACUGUUCGCCCCACUCAAGUUGAAGCCCAAGAAGGAGAAACCAAAGAAAGAAGUGAAACCGCAGAAGGGAAAGAAGAAGGAUGUCGAUACGGAGGAAUAUUUGGCUCUUCUAGAGCUUCGCGCGAGAGAUGAACGCCUGCAGGACGAACAAGAAGAAGCUGACAGGGAGGACUGGCACCGACGCCAACACAUCCUGCCGUUACAAUUCGCUGCGGACGACGCGUUCUUCGACAAGUACUGGCCCCCACCACCUCCUGAACCGGAACCAGAACCCGAACCCGAGCUCAAGGGAAAGAAGGGGAAGGGGAAGAAAUAG